ACAACAAUACAAUAAUGCUGUUUGGUAUUAUAAUCAUACUGGCCGAUAUCAAAAUAAUUCUAAACAACUUUUACAAAAUAUUAAUAAUCUAAAAACACUUUAUGAAAAAGCUAAACGAGAAACAAAUAAAGCUAAAAAAGAAUAUGAAGAUAUGAAAAAAAAUAUGAAAAAGAACAAAAACUAUAUGGGAAAACUCAAGAAAACUUAG